AUGAAUAAUCAGCAUUCAGACUAAGACUAAGAAAUAACUGAUCUAUCAAUUGAAUAUAAAGAUUACAUAGAAGACUAUAAUCUGCUUGAUGAGUAUUUAUGCCUUGAAAUAAAGAAAUGUGGUCCAAUCGACUACACUUAUCAUAAAAUGAUGUUGCCAACAAGUCCAGAUUAAGAUAGUUGUAAGCAAAACAGCACCUAAUCAAGGUUUGAAUCGACUUGGAUUGGCCAAAUAUUGUUAAAAUUUGACAAAACAGUGCUCACUCUAGUGAUAGUUAGUUAUAUGAAUCUUGGAUUCUUGACCUUGAUGAUUUUAUCAGCUAAAGACUAUUUCAAAGAAUUUUUAGGGGUAACUCCAUCAUAACUUUAAACUGCCACAUCUAUUAUGUAUCUACCUUGGGGUUUCAAAGUGAUUUACGGAGUAAUAUCAGAUGCUUUUCCACUCUUCGGGUACAAAAGAAAAUCAUAUCUAAUUAUUAAUGGCUUCAUCGGCUUUAUCUCUAUUUUAAUGAUAGUUCCAGGAAUAUAUGAAGAAUACGUUUUUGUAACUAUGUUAUUAACUUUUGCAAUGGUUGCAUCAGCAUCAACAGAUAUUCUUGUGGAUUCUUUAUUGGCAUCUGAAGCAAAGAAAGAUAAGUUAAAUGGAAGUGAAAAUCUUCAGUUCAUAGCUAAUACUUUUUCAGGAAUAGGUGGAGUGUUAGGUGCCAUACUCGGAGCCAUUUUUACUUAAUAUACUCAUCCAAAAUAUGGAUUCUUAAUAUAUUCCUGUCUUGGGUUAUCUCUUUUCCUUGCAUCUCUAAAUCUGAAAGAAAAAAGAAUCUCAAAUAACAGUGAAGAAUAAACAACGCUUGAGAAUUCCUAUAAGUAACUACUUGAAGCAGUAAAAAAUAAGAAAAUAUAAAAAGUUAUUCUUUUUCAGAUAAUAUCAGGGGCAAUAGUCCCUAGAUUCUCCCAGUACAAAUACUUUUUCAUGCUUGAUUAUCAAGGAAUGAGUUAAUUCAACUUUGGACUCUUAAGCAUACUAUGCUCAUGUACACUCAUUUUACUUGCUCUUUUCUUCAGUAAAAUGGUACAGAAAUAUUCUUAUCGCUAAGCCUUUGCAUUUGGAAUACUCUUGACAUCAUUUACAACUGCUUGUGAUAUUAUCUAUGUUCUCAGAAUAAAUAGAAUGCUUUACAUCAAUGAUUACAUCAUGCUAAUAUUUACAAAUUUAUUAGAGGAUAUAAUGCAAACAAGAUAUUUAUUUUAUUGUAGUGGAGUUGUGCAUAAUCGCCUUGCUCCAUCAAAAGUAGAAGCAACAAUAAUGGCUCUUUUUGCUGGUUUCAGCAAUAUUGGAUUUGGAGUAAUAGCCCAGUUUUUUGGAAAUUUCUGUGCUGAAAUUAUUGGAGUUAAUAAUGAGAAUAUUUAGGAUAUUUACAAACUACUGAUAAUCAAACUUGUCUUUUCAUUCGUCCCAUUAACUUUUUUGAGACUCAUUCCUAACAAAGAUGAAAUUGAAAAUGAUGUUGAUCUAUAAAGAUUGAACAAAAAUGAUGACAACAAAGAGCAGCUUCUAAUUUGA